AUGACAUUAUGUGAUUUGGGGGCUAGCAUAAACUUGAUGCCUAUGUCGGUGUUUAGAAAAUUGGGGAUUGGAGAAGUUCGGCCUACUACUGUCACUCUUCAACUAGCUGAUAGAUCUCUUGCUCAUCCAGAGGGAAAGAUUGAAGAUGUUCUGGUCAAGGUAGACAAGUUCAUAUUUCCUGCUGAUUUCAUCGUGUUGGACUAUGAGGCUGAUCGAGAGGUUCCCAUUAUCUUGGGAAGACCAUUUCUUGCUACGGGAAGAACUCUAAUCGAUGUGAAAAACGGAGAGCUAACUAUGAGAGUUCAAGAUGAAAAGGUGACUUUUAAUGUCUUUAAAGCAAUGAAAUAUUCUGAUGAUGUAGAAGAUUGCUCAGCUAUCACCAUAUUUGAUGAGCUAAUUUCUGAUAAAUUAGACUCUAAUUCUUCUCAUGAUCCUUUGGAGCAAUUAAUAUUGAAUAUUUCUCAAGAGGAAGGUGAUAAUGUUGAACUCUUAGCUUGGCUAGAAGCUAAUUCACAGGUUACAAGAACUAGGGGACGCUUUGAGUCCUUGGAUCUGUCGUCAAGGGAGUUCAAGACUCCUAAGUCACCAAUUGAUGAACCACCAGAGUUAGAACUAAAGGAUCUUCCUUCUCAUUUGAAAUAUGCUUAUUUGGGACCUUCUUCCACUUUGCCUGUUAUUAUCUCUGUUGAAUUAUCUAUUGCUCAAGAAGAGAAAUUGGUAGAGCUUCUGAAGAAUCACAAGAAAGCUAUUGGGUGGAGUAUUGCAGAUAUCAAAGGUAUUAGCCCUUCUAUUUGCAUGUAUAAAAUCUUGUUAGAAGAUGGUGCGAAAGGUUCAAUUGAAGGCCAGCGCAGACUGAAUCCUAUUAUGAAGGAAGUGGUGAAGAAAGAGGUAAUUAAGUGGCUAGAUGCUGGAAUUAUUUAUCCGAUCUCGGAUAGUGCAUGGGUGAGCCCAGUUCAGUGUGUGCCUAAGAAGGGUGGAAUCACGGUGAUAAAAAAUGAAAAUAACGAGUUGAUCCCUACGAGAACAGUCAGCGGUUGGAGAAUUUGUAUUGACUAUCGGAAGCUGAACAAAGCCACCAGAAAGGAUCACUUUCCAUUGCCCUUUGUUGAUCAGAUGUUAGAUAGACUGGCUGGACGAGAGUAUUAUUGUUUUCUUGAUGGGUGCUCUGGCUAUAAUCAGAUAACAGUUGCUCCCGAAGAUCAACACAAGACUACUUUCACUUGUCCUUAUGGUACUUUUGCCUUCAGAAGGGUGUCAUUCGGGCUAUGUAAUGCCCCUCCAACUUUUCAAAGAUGUAUGAUGGCUAUCUUUUCAGACAUGGUUGGUGACUUUCUAGAGGUAUUCAUGGAUGAUUUCUCAGUAUUUGGGAAUUCUUUUGAUGAUUGUCUUUAUAACUUGGGGAAGGUUUUGGAGCGAUGUGAAUACACCAAUCUUGUACUCAAUUGGGAAAAAUGUCACUUUAUGGUGAAGGAAGGAAUCGUUUUAGGUUUCUACAGACGGUUCAUUAAAGACUUCUCCAAAAUUUCUAAGCCUCUUUGCAAGUUAUUGGAGAAUGAUACUCCUUUUCUUUUUGACGAAGCAUGUUUAAAGGCUUUCGAGGAGCUAAAGCGAAGGUUGAUUUCUGCACCUAUUAUCAUUGCACCAGAUUGGAGCUUGCCAUUUGAAUUAAUGUGUGAUGCUAUUGAUUAUGCCGUGGGAGCAGUCAUGGGUCAUAGAAAGAACAAGGUAUUUCAUCCUAUCUAUUAUGCAAGUCGUACUUUGACUGGAGCUCAAUUGAAUUACACGGUGACUGAAAAGGAGCUUCUUGCCGUAGUAUUUGCCUUUGACAAGUUUCGCUCAUAUCUGGUUGGCACGAAAGUGAUUGUCUUCACUGACCAUUCAGCAAUUAAGUAUUUAAUUGCAAAGAAAGACGCAAAGCCUCGGUUGAUUCGGUGGGUGCUUCUACUUCAGGAGUUUGAUAUCGAGAUACAAGAUAGAAAAGGUGUGGAAAAUCAUGUGGCUGACCAUUUAUCGAGAAUGGAGUACAUUGAUGAACCUUCCUCGAUGAUUCCUAUCAAAGAGACAUUUCCGGAUGAGCAAAUGUUUAAGGUACAACUCUCUGAUUUUACUCCAUGGUAUGCUGAUUUUGCUAAUUAUCUAGCUACUGGAUUGAUGCCACCAAAUCUAUCUAGCCAACAAAGGAAGAAAUUCUUACAUGACUUGUUUGAUGUGUGGGGAAUUGAUUUAAUGGGCCCGUUUCCUCCUUCUUAUAAAAAUGAAUACAUCUUAGUGGCAGUUGAUUAUGUCUCUAAAUGGGUGGAAGCUGCUGCCUAUCCCACUAAUGAUGCCAAGGUUGUCGUCAAGUUCUUGGACAAACAUAUCUUCACUCGCUUUGGAACUCCACGAGCAAUCAUCAGUGAUGAAGGUACGCACUUUGUGAAUAAAUUGUUGUCCAAUACAUUGGCUAAGUAUAAUGUGAGACACAAAGUGGCCACAGCCUAUCAUCCUCAAACUAAUGGGCAAGCUGAGUUGUCCAAUAGAGAAAUCAAGGGUAUUCUUCAAAAGGUUGUGAAUCCGAACCGUAAGGACUGGUCUACAAGAUUGGAUGAGGCUCUUUGGGCUUAUCGCACUGCUUAUAAAACUCCGUUGGGUAUGUCCCCGUACCGCUUAGUUUUUGGGAAGGCGUGUCAUUUACCAGUUGAGCUUGAACAUAAAGCUUAUUGGGCUCUGAAAAAUUUAAAUUUUGACAUAAAACUCAGAUUUUUUUCUUAUGAGAAUGCUAAGCUCUACAAGGAAAAGACAAAGAAAUGGCAUGAUAAAAACAUUCAAUCUCGAGUGUUUGAGGUGGGGCAACAAGUCUUAUUAUUCAACUCCAGGCUAAAAUUAUUUCCCGGUAAGUUGAAAUCUAGGUGGUCUGGACCCUUCACUAUCAUCAAGGUGUAUCCUUAUGGAGCUGUAGAAUUGCGCGAUAAUCAAUGGGGUGAAUUUAAAGUGAACGGACAACGGUUGAAACAUUACUGGGGAGGUCAAGUUGCUCGUGACAAGACCUCUGUUGAUUUGGUGGAGCCUUGAGAAGAAGGUACGUCUAGCCAAAGACGUUAAAGUAAAGCGCUUCUUGGGAGGCAACCCAAGGUCUCCGUAAGUUAAUUAUAUUAUAUAAUACAUUUUUGCAGUUUUAUUUUAGGAUCUUAGAAUUUUUAUUUUUAU